UUAUAUAUAUAUCCAUUUUAUUUAUAAAAUAAAUUCAUCACAAUAAUUUAUGUGUUUACCAUUGUUUCAUCUUACUGGAUUACGAUUACGAUACAUGUUUGUAUAUGAAAUUUAAUUUAUUAAUUAUUUGCCAAUUAAAAUAUGAGAAACAAUAGUGAUGAAGAUUUGAUUGAUUUCGAUGGUAAUCAGCAUCCGAAAAACGAAAAUAGCCAACAAUCAAUCACUCAAAUUGAUAUAAAUAUUUUUGAAAGAAUUUUUGAUGAAUCUAUUGAAGAUCUGAAACGAUUGGGUUGUCUUAAUCAUAAUCAAAAAUACACUGGCAUAGAAGUUGAAGAAUUAUUGAGUUUUCUCAAAAUACCGCUCAUAUCUCGAAUUUCUAUGAAUUCAUUGAAUUUAGUUAUAUCAAACAACGAUAUUGACACUGCCAAGCCAUCAUCUAUUGCUGCCACGGUUUCAAAAGAUAAUAAUUCUUUCAAGAAUAAACAAAAGAAACCAUGGGAUCCUGGUGAGCCAUGUUGUUCACGUUCAAUCGAAGAACCGAACCCUAAUGUACAAAAUUCUAGUGGCAAUAUAUUUACAUUAGAUGUUGAUGAAGUUCUUAAGACGCAUCUUUCAGACGAGAUUGAAAAUGGAUUCCUAACCGAAAAUGAUUCUGAUCACGAUGCGAAUUCUGGACCAGAAUUUAAAAAAGUAUCGAACAAAUUGGCUCAUGAAAGAUCAACAGAUUCUCCUCCCUUAGUCAUUCCAAAUCUAGACAAAUUACUUGAUAAAAAUAAAACCAUCGAAAAUGAUGAUGACAUGAAUCAAUCGAGUGACAAUGAUGUUGAACAACCAAAAUCGAAAAUUAUUCAGUCUACCAAAAUUUUCGAUGAAGCAGAUGAUGAUAUCGAUGAACUUGAUCACAAUGAUGAUCUCAAUAUCCGUGAAAUUUCUUCUAUUUAUGAUGAUGAAGGCCUAAUACCUCAAAAUUUGACAACAGUAAUCGAAAAUGUUGAGGAACUAUUUAAUAAUGAUCACCAUGAAUACGACAACGAAGAUGAUGAACGAUCGAUACAAAAAGUGAAAUCGGAUAAGACAAUUUAUCUUUCUGUAGAGGACAAUGAAAAUGAUGAUAAUGAUUUUGUAAAAGACGACAAUACAAAUAAAAAAUCAUCGGAAUUUGCCAAAAUUGAUACUCUAUUGAAAAAAUUCAAUUCAAUCGAUUCAAGCGGCACUGAUGAUGAUAAUGAUGGAUCACCAUCAAAUAAUCUUACCAAGAAACGUAUAAAUAAUCCGAAAUCUUUAAGAAGCUAUGUUGAUGAUGAUGAUCAAUCAAAUAAUGAUAUAAUGACCGAUGAAGAAUUCCCCCCUCCGCCAUUCGAUGAUAAUGAUGAAGAAAUGAUAACAAUUAAGAGGAAAAAAAGAAAAUUAAUUUCCUCUGAAGAUGAAGAAGAGGAUAUAUCAACGGUAGACAAUUCGGAUGAAAAUCAACAAUCAAUAGAACCUAUGCUGAAUGAUACAGAUAAAAAAACGUCAACAUCGAAAAAUGAUUCUCAACUACUAAAUUCAACCGAAAUGAAGAAAAAACGCCGUAAACGACGAAAAAGAAUAGUAAUAGAUGAUGAUAGUUCACAUAGUGAUGAUAACAGCGAUGAUGGUGAUGAUGAUGAUGAAUGUCCGGAUAAAGAUUCAACACGAAAAAAGAUUCGAAAAAUGCUCAAAGGUAAAAGUCUUCGUGAUGAAACGAAAAAUGCCGAAAAAGCUGAACGUGAACGCCGUAAACGUAUUGAAGAGAAACAAAAACUUUACAAUUCAAUUAGCGAAGAGAUCAUUGAUCCAAUUGGAAAAGAAAAUGAAGAAUGUAAACGUUUAAUAUUGGACAUUGAUAAAAAAACCAAAGAAAUAUUGGUCGAAGUGGAUAAAAAUUUCGUUCAAAUGCUCAAACCACAUCAAAUCGAAGGCAUCAAGUUUAUGUUCGAUUCGACUAUCGAAUCGGUAGAACGUCUCAAAGAACAUGCACAUGAAUCCGGUUGUAUACUGGCACAUUCAAUGGGCUUGGGUAAAACAUUGCAAGUGAUUGCUUUUCUUCAUACGAUCAUGACCAAUUUACAUAUCCGUGAUAUCAUCAAACAUGUACUCAUAAUUGUACCAUUGAAUGUAGCAAAAAAUUGGAUAAUGGAAUUCAUUAAAUGGCUUGAAUUCGAUAGUUUUAGUAUAACAAUAUAUGAGACAACAACGACUAAAAAUCUUUCAGAACGUAUCAAAAUAUUGCAAAAUUGGCGAAGAAACGGCGGUGUUAUGAUCAUAACAAUCACAUUGUUCUCUCAGCUGAUAUCUGGAAAAAAAUUUACCAAAAAACAAAAAGCUCAAGAUUUUCCUGUGGUUCGUAAAUGUUUAUUGGAUCCGGGUCCUGAUAUUGUCAUAGUGGAUGAAGGACAUUUGCUUAAAAAUGAAAAAACCAUAUUUAAUUGUACAAUUUCACAAAUACGCACAUUACGACGUGUCAUCCUCACUGGUACACCUUUGCAGAAUAAUCUAUCAGAAUAUUUUAUUAUGGUAGAUUUUGUUAAACCAAAUCUUCUUGGUACAAAACGGGAAUUCAAAAAUCGUUUUGAAAAUCCAAUCAGCAAUGGUCAACAUAUUGAUUCGACUGAUAACGAUGUUAGAUAUAUGAAACGUCGUGUGCAUGUAUUACAUCAAAAACUUAAGGAUGUCAUUAAUCGUCAUGAUUAUAAUGUUUUGGUUCCAUAUCUCAAACCUAAAUUUGAAUUCGCUUUGACAAUUAAAUUGACACAAAUCCAGAUUGAUCUUUAUAAGAAUUAUUUGGAUAAUUUCACUUCUGCCAGUAAUGGCAAAAAUCUUCUCAACGAUUUUACUGUAUUACGAUACAUAUGGAAUCAUCCGGCUACAUUGGUCGAUCAAUGUCGACAAAAAAUGGAAAAAGCCGAAGAAGAUCCGUUAAAAGAUUUUAUUGUCAACGAUUAUGAUGACGAUAUAGUCGAGAAUAUUAAAACAGAAUCGAAUGGUGUCGAAGAUAAUAAUGAUGGAAAAUCUGCUGAUGAAUCAGAUAUCGAAUGUGUGUUUGAUAAUUUAGAAGAAUUACAUAAAUCACGCCGUUUAUUACGAAGUAAAGGACAAGCACCCGAUAUUCCAAAAAAUCAUGAAAAUCUCAAUGGAUUAAUCGAUGAUGGUGAUGGUGGUCAGAAAUUAAAUUGGUGGAAAAAUGUUCUCAAAGAUUAUGAUGAUGAUGAUAUCUAUCGUAUUGAAUUAAGUUCUAAAUUCAUCUUACUAUUCUCCAUACUGGAAGAAUGUGAAAAAGUUGGUGAUAAAAUUUUGGUAUUCUCACAGAGUUUACAUAAUCUGGAUCUUAUAGAAACAUUACUGUCCGAAAAGAAUUGCGAAACAAAUGAAAAAUUUGGCGAAAAUAUUGACUAUAAUGAAUUGGCACAAAAAAAUGACGGUGUAAGUAACCGUUGGAUUCGUGAUAUUGAUUAUUUUCGUAUUGAUGGAAAAGUUAAUUGUGAUAAUCGUGCGAAUAUGAUUAAAAAUUUUAACGAUAACGAUGAUCAUCGUUUACGAUUGAUGCUCAUAUCAACGAAAGCCGGUGGUCUUGGUAUUAAUCUAAUCGGUGCAAAUCGAUGCAUUAUUUUUGAUGCAUCUUGGAAUCCUACCCAUGACAUACAAGCUAUCUAUCGUAUUUUUCGUUAUGGCCAAGAAAAACCUGUUUAUAUCUAUCGUUUUAUAUCAUAUGGUACCAUGGAACAGAAAAUUUAUGAUCGUCAAAUUAUCAAACAAUCGAUGGCAUUACGUGUAAUUGAUGAACAUCAAAUUACACGUUACUUUAAACAAGCAGAAUUAGCCGAAAUGUAUACGUUCAUAGCGGACCCACCAAAAUCGGCAUAUAAAUGUCCGCCUGUUGAAGCUAAAAAUGAUCGCUUAAUUUGUGAUAUUUAUGAAAAACACAAAGAUCUUAUCGUAUCAUUUCAUCAACAUGAUUCAUUAUUGGAAAAUCGACCAGAAGAAAAUCUAACCGAAGAGGAACGUCUUGCUGCUUGGGAAGAAUUUCAACGUGAAUCGGAACCUGUUCCGACAAAUAUUUUACCAACGAAUACACCCAAUUUAUUGGUGAACAGCCCUCCACAAUUAAACAUACCAAUGAUGACAUCCUUAUUGCAGCAACGAUAUAAUAAAUCUAUGUUAACUGGUACAAUCAUACCGACACAUGAGUUUUAUGCUCAGUCAAAUGAAGCUCAAUAUUAUAAUAGCCAAUAUGCUCAAUCACAACCACAAUUACAACGACAAGAAUAUAUUGCUCCAUCAUCAUACAAUAUGUCCUUGUUACAAAAACCAAUAAAUGAUCAGAUGUUGAUAAGAUAUUUUAAUCAAAUGACUGAAUGGAUGCAACAGUAUCCUAUUAAUGACCAUCUACGUUAUAGAAAUCUAACAGUGGAUGCAAUUAGAAAUGAAUUUCAUCAACAAUUCAUUCACCUGAUCGGCUCGAAAGAUGAAUAUUUUAUUAAAUUCUACCUGUAUGUAAAUUAUAUCAAUCUUUUUCUACGUCGUAAACUUGAUCGUUCUCAAGUUAUGAAUAAUGAAAUAAUUAAUAAUCUGGCUCGAAUUAAAGAUGAGGUGAUCCAAAAUUGUAAAUUGGAACGAAUCGCAUUUCGAUUAAAUGAAAUUAUACAUAAAACUGGCCGAUCUCUUCGCGCUCAACAACAACAACAACAACAACAUCAGUCAUUAAUUAAAUUACCAGUUCAAAAUGAAAAUAUUGAAUGUAUACAUUUGGAUUCCGAUUGAUAUUCGCUCAUCACAGAAUGAAUUUCACAGUAUUAUUAUUGUAAUUAUGAUAUGUUAAUAAUAAUUCGAAUUAAAAACGUUAUUGUCUUACAAAUCCUACUAUAGAAACAUUAUAAAAUUGUUGUAUUUCGAUAAAACUAAAGAAAAUUUGACAAUUUACACAUCUGUAAAUUUUUUUUAUUAUUAUUAUUCAUCCAUUCAAUAAAC